GGGGUCUCAGUUAGAGGCUGACUUUUAGAAGAGGAGAGAGAGGAGACAGACGGAGACACUGCGCUGGAAUGCAGAGCUGACACUUUGGGGAGGCUGAAAGAUGACAACGUGAUCACCACAGAGAUACAAAGGAAGUUGAAUAUAUACAUCUGUCAGACCCAGUGAUACAGUACACUAUUCCUUGUUUGUAUUUGGCCAAGACAGUUGGAGACAUGAUGGCGCAGGUCCUUCAUAUGGAAUCACAUUUUCCAGGUAAAUCAAUCCCACCUUCUUUAUCUGCUAUAAAAGACCCUGAUGCAUCCUAUUCUGUGGAGACGCCUUAUGGUUAUCGUCUGGAUUUGGAUUUCCUGAAAUAUGUUGAUGAUAUAGAGAAAGGACAUACCAUCAAACGAGUGCCUGUCAGCCGUAGGCCUCGAUUUGGUUCAUUACCCCGAGGCCCUGGAUACACUGGAUCUUGGUGGACAUCUACAGAGUCCCUCUGCUCCAAUGCAAGCAAUGAUAGUCGCCAUUCAUCUUAUUCCUAUUGUGGAAGAGGCUUUUACCCAACGUACGAGGUCAGGAGUGGUUCUCAAGCCUCGAACAGCUUCAAUCCCAGGGUGGAGAGAACACUGCUGGAUGCCAGCAAGAAGCUGGAGGCUGGCCAGUCUCGCCCACUUAGCCUGGGAUGCAGGUCCACCACCUCUAUCUCUACACCAUCCCUCUCUCGCCUUCCAUCCUCAUCCUCAUGCCAGCAACUCUCUUCUUUCACUCCGCUAAGUUCUGGGAUGUCCACUCCAGUAUCUCCAACCCCAGUCCAUCUUCAGCAUGUAAGAGAGCAAAUGGCUGUGGCACUAAAGAGGUUACGCCAACUGGAAGACCAAGUGAAAAUGAUCCCUGUUCUUCAGGUAAAGAUUUCGGUGCUCCAAGAGGAAAAACGUCAACUUAGCGUCCAGCUUAAGAGCCAAAAAUAUCUUGGACACCCUGGGGCCAACACAAAAAGCAAGACUAGAGGAGAGCUCUACAUAGAGAUUCCAGAAGAAGAGAUCAAAGAUGGUAGAGUAGGAGGAAAACAAGCAUAUGUUGGGAUGGAAGUAGAAGAAAGUAAAGAAUUAGCAGAUGCCAAAGAAGAUGUCAAGAAAGGAAGUUUGCUGUCUAUUGAAAAACCGGCUAAAAAGUUAUGCAGUGUUGGCGUUUGGGUGAGGGAAGUGGACUUCCUUCCGGUUCCAGGCAAACAGCUAGAGGCAGAUAAACAGAAGUUUCUGGUCCAGGCACUCUCUGCCAAAAUAGCAGUACUGGAGAGGCAGCUUGCACGAGCCUUAACCGAGGUUCAGAAUGCCAACCGAAAACUAGAGGAAGCUGAGAAAAUGACAAGAGCAGACGAUACAAUGAAGAAUGAAAAGAAGGAGGACAUAAGGGCAGAUGCAGUGAAGGUUGCUAGGGUGGAGAGAGGAAGUGAAGUGGUCUCCAGCACUGAAAUAGGGCCUACACUUCAGCCACAGAGGGCGCGGAACUUGGCAGCUAGAGGUGGAGGAAUAAUUAAAGUGAGAGAGGGAGAUGCAGAUAGAGUCUUCAAAAGCAGAGAAGUGAUGGAGAAACCACUCCUUACAACAUCUGGGCCUGCUGUCCAUGUACAUUUGGUCAAGAAAAUCAGCAUUACUGGACAAAGCACCAAGGACGCUGAAAGCAAAGGGCCUGAAACCAACAAUACAAAUGAUGAGCAGCCACAAAACAUUCCAAAGGGAGAAACCAACAUGGAACAUGGCAGUGCCAGGAGAGAAGAAGACGACACAGACUUGGUCGGGCAACCCAGUAAUAGGCUGACACAGGAGGAACAAGAAGCGAAAUCAUCGCUGUUUUCUGGAGUAAAUGGAGAAAUGGACGCCGGCUCUUCAGAGGAUUCUGGGACCAUGGAGAACCCUUCAGAUAGCGAGAGCACUGAGAGUGAAUACCACGAGGCCAGCGAGGGCCUGGCAAUGAGCCCAUCGGAUCUUAAACUUGGCAGUGGCAGCCAACCCAGAGAGGCAGAGAGACAAAAAACUCCAGAGGCCGCUACCGUCAGCUCGCCGCCUACCAGCCCGACCCCCAGAGUGGAGCUCAGUAACAUUCUGAUCUCUGGCUGCGUGGCUCUGCAGAAGUCCCUCGAUGACCCCACCGCUCUCAAUGAGGUUGAGAAGACAGCAGCGCACACGGCGGUUAUGCAGGAAUGGAUGAAGAUCCUGCGGCAGAAGGAGGUGGAUCCAGCCAUCAUUCGCCAUCAUCUAAACGUUUUCCGUGCGAUGUCACUGCGGCUACUUGAAGUCAUCGUCAACGUGGCCGACCCCAAGGGAAACACCGCUGUUCACUACGCAGUGUCCCAGUCCAAUUUUACGGUGGUCAGGCAGCUCCUAGAGACUGGCCUGUGUGAUGUGAACAGACAGAAUAAGGCCGGAUUUACGCCGCUCAUGCUCACGGCGCUCGCAGCUUUCCGCUCCCACGAAGACAUCGAAACUGUCACACAGAUGCUGCGCUUGGGAGACGUCAACUGUCGGGCCAGCCAGGCUGGGCAGACCGCUCUUAUGUUGGCAGUAAGUCAUGGACGUCUGGACGUGGUACGGGCUUUGCUGCAGUGUGGGGCAGAUGUCAAUGUGCAGGAUCAUGACGGGUCUACUGCGCUCAUGUGUGCGUGUGAACAUGGCCAUACCGACAUAGUCAGCCUGCUCCUGGCAGAACCAACAUGCAAUGUGUCUCUUACAGACAAUGAUGGGAGUACUGCUCUGUCUAUUGCGCUGGAAGCUGGGCAGAAUGAUAUAGCAAUGCUUCUACAUGCUUAUAAUGCCAAAACAUCUAGUUCAAGUGGUGGUGAACAAGCAAACACGCAGCAUGUGAACCCAACAGAUGAAUCCCAAUAAGAGGAGGAUUUUGGGUUUGGAGGUUCCACCCAUCAACAUCUACGUCCUGUGUCUACCCAAUCAGGGGGCUGAGGAGGAUGGGUACCAAUGUCUGCCGUCCAUAGACACUGCACUGCUAGAACCACUAUGCACCCAGCUUCAGCACCAUGGAGAGAGGGAAACCAGGGGGUGGGACAGGUGGGUUGGGUUAUCUACCGGAGGUGAGCAGUGAAGGACAGGAGUCGGUGGUUUGGGGCGUGUGGAGGAAGUAUGUGUAUCAUUGGGACACCCGAAGGAGAGGAACUGAAGACAAAAACAUAGAGACAAAGAAGAAACGUCGACCAAUAAGAUUCCAGCUUACAUUUUUUGCUUCAGGCCAGGAAAUGACAACAGACUUCUGACUGCUAUAGGCAAGAUUUCCUAUUUUCCGUGCUCAUGACAUAAAAGAAAAGCUGUACUGAUAAAAUACUUAGACUGCCAAAGCUGAACUCUUUUCGAAAUCCUGGUUGAGGGGUACAAUGUGAAUCUAACGGCUCCUUUACUGUCUGAGUCACUAACCAGCAACAAAUAUGCAGAUCAGGUCAGUGAUCCAGUAAGUACUGGAGCCAGAGACAGUCAAGCAAGUGGCAUUUUCAGAUAUUCACCAAUAGCAGUCUUCGAGUUUCCCUCAAAACAGGUUUCCUUUAAGGACUGACCUCCUAAAAUAUCUGAAAUAAGACCUGUCUGGAUUUCCUUGCAAACCGCCAAAUCCAGACUUGCAGUUUCCAGGUGUCUUUUUCUGGUGCAGUUCUAAAAUUGGAGAGCCCAUUCACACUAUCGGGCACCAGCGCACCAUGCCAACCAGUGCUGGCCCAAGACAUUGUGCUGCCUGGUACCAAGAAUAAAAUGCUGCCCCCCCAAAAAAAAAUUACGUUCACC